AUGUCAAAUCUAUUUUCCACACGGGGUAUUGCGACAUCAAAUAUUUUUCACAUAUAUUCUACAGUGUAAACCACUUUUUAUCUUUAUAUUGACGUAAACUUGGGGUUACUUUGUUUAACUAAUACUGGGCAGUUCUAGAUCUGACUAAUAUCCAAUACCUUAACUCUCUAUAGCUGGUCCAUGGUGGAGGCGUGAGACUUAUAGAUUAUAGCAGAUUGGUUUCAAACAUUGUUUCACUUUACACAAGAUUCAAUUUACAUUUAAUAUUCUUGUGAACUUAACGUUAUAUAGAAUUGGAAUUAGAAAAGAAUUUUAGAACUUGGGAUUUAACAGGAGAUGAAAGUUACAAAUACCUGGUGGCUAAUUGCAAUAAUUGUAACAUAUUUUUCGUCAACAUCGUCAGGUGAAAGACUUGAUCAAGAUAUUGCCUUACUUCCGGGUUUCACCAACAAAUGUCGUGGGCGAUGGGCUAUACAUGCAUGCUAUGGUGGAAAUGGAAAACGUUCUGGACCACCAACAGAUUUGUCGAAAAACAAUCAAAAUGAUCAGUUAUUACUUAAAAAGAUAUUACUGCAAAAUUCAGAUUUUAAUAACUAUGGAAUAGGAAAUUUUGAUUUAUCACCUAGUGAACCUCUAGAAGAACAAUCGUCCGGAAACAAUGGAUUAGAAGAUUUGAAAACUUUAAGUGAUUUGAUACAAGAAUUGAUUUACCGUCAAAGAUUACGGGAUCUAGCAAUGGCAAAUGACGUCGACAUGGUGUGAAUCCUUGCACCUGAUACAUGUCAGUGCGCAUGUGUAAAUGCACAAUACACAGAAAUAUCUGAAUAUCCUAAUGUUUAAAGUUGUUGUUAAGCAACUUGAUUGCUUAACAAAACAUUUUGACUUUUAUGUUCCAUUGAAGUUUUCAUUUUUCGUAUUUUCAAAAAUGUUUCUACAGUUUAAAUAUCUUGAAAUAUAAAUUAUUUAUUCUAGAGAAAUUGUUUACGUCUAUUGUUUGCUAUUUUGUCCUAAUUUAAAAUGUUAUUUCUUAUAUCUGAUAUCAGUAUAUGUAUUUCGUUCUGAUUUAUGUAAAGGAAAUGUCCGGAAGUGAGAGUGAUGUGACUGAGAGACAAAGAUCUCUUUCUAUUUAUUUAGCUACUAUGAUUUUUAAGGUCCAUGGUUCGAACAGUCAGUCAAAUUUACCGUUUGUUUGUCAUAAACAUACCGAAGAGAUAUAUGAUUUUUUAUUAGAAUUUUUUUUUUAUUUUCCUUAAAAUACAAAUUACAUAUUUUCUUAAUGAAACGAAAUGGUUUUUUUUUUAUUUCUUUAACUUACACACAUACACACAUAUAAUUUUUAUUUUUAGAAAGUCGCUGUUUUCUCUCUUUUGUAUGAUAAAUGUUGCUGUUAUUGGCUGAAGACAGAUCAAAUAAAGAUUUUCAUUCAAUUGUGUAUGAUAGUUUACAUAAAAGUUAAUCAAUGAAAAUAUUAAACCAAUGAAAUAAUUUGUCAGAUGUCAUAAAACUGGGUAGGAAUGAAGAAAAUAGAAACAUUUAAGAGAUGAUAGUGCGUCUUUCAAAAGUUUAAUCUAGAUAGACACCUCAAAAUUACAAAUCAUUUUCCGAAAACAAAACUAUAGUUGAUCAUUUCAUAAAAAGUAGUAUGUGUUGACUUCAGUGAACGAUGAUGAGAACCAGAUUUCUCUGUCCUCUUCAGUAAAGCACCAUGAUGAUUGCUUACGGCUUAUGUAAUUUUCAUUAUUACUACAUAAAGGUCUUUUCACUUUUAACAGAAGUCUAACAAAACUAGUUUAUUAAGCAGAAAACAAUUGUAUUUGUAGGUAAUUAGUAGUAUACUUACACUGCUCCAAGUUAUUUUUUUUUGUAGCAGCAAUCCAAUACUACUAGCCUAACAGGGGGAGACCUCGAAUCAGAUGAUAGUUUUAGAGCCUUCGCAAAUGUCUUUCUGGAAAGGGCUAUGCAUAAAAUAAAUAAUUUUGAAGAUACCUUUCUACACAAAUACUAUUUCUACACAAAUGCUAUAAUAAUAGUACUUACUUUAAAGUUGACGAUCAAUAUUGAGUAUUAUAAUUAUUAGAGAAUUGAUCGUUUCAAAUAUCUGUGCCGCGCAAAUUUCAUCAAUAAGCACUUAUCCAAAGUGAUAAAUGUUAAACUUUUAAAUAUAAAGAUGUAUGAUUAGUGUUUUACGACAUAUACUAAAUGAAGUUCAACAAUUUAUUCUUACCCAAAUAAAAUUAAAAAGAUAGAAAUUAAGUUAUAUUCGUCCAUGCCAAUUUCUUGCUUUGUAUCAAUGCGAUUUAAAUGUAAAUAAAAUAUCUAUUUUUCCUUUUUCUGUCUAAUUUUAUUCUAUCUGUUGUUAAAAAGAAUAAACCUGAUAGUAUU